AUGAGCCUGUUAAUACACGUCCUGCGUUCCCAUUACGGCGAUGGGGGCGAUGGCUCUCUUGCUCGUCGCUGGGAAUUUCGCGAGGACUAUCCGCUUGAGGGGAGUGAACGAUCGCUCUUUACUGCUAUGGGUAUAAUCGCCCUGUCCUCGUUGGUGUCUACGCUUGGGCUCCUUUCAUUCCUUACCUAUCGAUUCAUCUUCUGGCAGCGGUACUACAAGCAUCCGCUCGCAAAGAACCAGUAUGUCGUGCUCAUUUACAAUCUGCUACUUGUCGACUUGCAGCAGGCCAUUGCCUUCCUUAUGAGUCUAUAUUGGGCUUCUCAGGGCAGUGUGCAUUUUGGCACACCGGCUUGCUAUCUCCAGGGAUGGUGGAUCCAGACUGGCGACCCGGGUAGUGGGUUGUUUGUUCUCUCAAUUGCUUUGCAUACUGGUGCUGUGGUUCUGCGUGGCCGGCAGCUUCCAUUCAAUACUUUCGUGUACUGUGUGAUAGGGCUGUGGAUGUUCAUUCUCAUUCUGGGAUUCAUCCCCAUCGGUCUAUACGGCUCUGAAGCAUUUGUUAUUUCCGAAGCUGCUUGGUGUUGGAUCAGUCCCAAACACGAAAGUGAACGAUUAUGGGGCCACUAUAUCUGGAUUUUCCUUUCUGAAUUCGGGACUAUCGUCCUAUACGCCAUCAUGUUCUUCUAUCUCCGACGCCGUAUGACACAAUCGAAGAUGCUCCGCCGAGGUCAACAAGAGAGUCUGCAUAGACUCAACCGGGUCGUCAUUUACAUGGUUAUCUAUCCGUUGGUUUACCUGGUUUUGUCGUUGCCACUUGCCGCAGGUCGAAUGGCUACUGCCCGGGGCGAUUCUCCAAGCAAAACCUAUUUCGGUGUAGCGGGCUGCUUGAUGGCUCUGUCUGGCUUGAUGGAUGUGGGAGUCUACACAUUGACCCGCCGUCAUCUGCUCAUUGAUACCGAGCACAGCACUACAGAUCGCAAUUAUGACAUUACGGACUCUCAAUGGCAAACCCAAAUCACUACCACCGCAGGUGGGGGUACCGGGAAUCGGUCUCGGAAGGGAGGAUUCAACAUGGGAUCUCGCUUGGGCUCCAAAUUCCGCCGAAGCAUUCCUGCAGCCGAUAAAGAAACGAGAAAGAGCCCAUUCGAUGAUUCAACUGAGGACAUUGUUCCCAAGGAUGACAUGGAAAUGUCUAAUUUCGGUGCCGUGUACCAGGAGACCACCAUUGAGAUCUCCCAUGAGCCAGCCACCUCGGCAGAAUCAGUUGAUGGCACAUCGCGCCGGAGCGGCUAA